AUGGAGAUUCGUAGCGCAACUCUCUCGGUUGACUUUUCGUCCAUUCAUACUGCCGAUCCAGAAGAUAUGACUUCCCAGAAGGAGGAACCUCCCAUUCACUGUGAAGAACCGGUCUCGCCGGCAUAUAGAGAUUCCCUGGCCCAAGUACGUCAUCUGAUCUCAGCGAUUUUCCCAGACAGCGAUGUCGGGUAUACAGACUACUCCCAGGUUCUGGACCGACUCUGUCACUGCUACGAUGUCGUAUUUGGCGGCACCUCCCAACUGCCAGAGUCCCAACUCUGGCCCCAAAUCUUCGGUUGGUUGUACACACUGCCGGAUCUCUUUUUAUCAGAUGCGCAACAGCGCAGGCCAGUUGCCUUGGUGGUGUUUGCCUUUUUUACGGUCUUGCUGAAGCGACUGGAUCCGGCGUGGUUUAUCCGUGGGUGGCCUGAACAUGUCAUCAAUAGCAUUUAUAACAACCUUGAUGAGCAUCAUCGGGAAUAUGUCCAGUGGCCGGUGGAGCAAAUAGGUCGACUGUCCGACAGUUUACCUUUAUCAAGGAUUGAUGCCCCUUGA